ACUCCGUUUUGAGCCUCGGCCCUCUAAAUUCUGAGGGGGAGAAAUUUUCCGAGAACCACGCUUUCCACUUUCCAGACAGUCCUCGUUUUCCGUUCUUUUCUUUCUCUCCGAACACGAAACAACCAACAAACCAUGGCGGGAAUGGCUACCUUCAAUCUCUAUUCGGCCUCUUCCGUCUUCAGCCAUCCAUCACCAUCAUCAACGAUUUCCUCACUCUCGCUCUCAUCCAAGCCUUCCGUUCUCCCAAUGUGGGGUCUUCGUGGAAAACCCAGAUUUCAGAAGAUUUAUGCACUGUCUAGCAACGACAUCAAAGUGGGUUCCAACAUUGAAGUAGACGGCGCUCCUUGGAGAGUUCUGGGCAUCAGCUUUUGUGUGUGCUCUUUCAAUGAGAAUAUCCUUAAGCGAAAUGCACAUAGUUUAUUUUUCCCAAACGUGCCACAGAAUCGCAUUUGAGUUUCUUCAUGUAAAACCUGGAAAAUGAACAGCAUUUGUGAGGACCAAGAUGCGUAAUUAUGUAACAGGAAACACGGUUGAGAAAACUUUUCGAGCUGGAGUUUCGGUAAUGCCUUUCAUACAGCAGACAGAUCUGUCGUUGAUUUCUGUGUCCCAAUAAUGUGUUAGUUCAAUAUAGUUUGCAAUGGCUAACAUUUGAAUAUCUUAACUGUGUUUUCAGCGUCUCUUAUUGAUUUAGCAGGGUUUUGCAUGUUGUUAUGGCACAAUUGAAUCACUCUUUUUCUGUUUAGUAAUACUGAUACUAUCAUCUGUUCAACUUGGGCUGAGUGAAAAUAGUGUCAUUUUCCAUUGGGAUUCUACCGUUGCAGCUGACAUUUCUGCUUCAUUUACAUAAGAUAGACUAUGGAAAGAUCAGUUGCUGACUUAUGCUAUUAUGUGCCAAAGCUUUAGCUGUCUUACAUUGUAAUAUGUGCGCUCUUCAGCUAAUUUUAUGGUUGUUAUGAAUUCCCUGCA